AUUACCGGUACGUGCUCGUCGUCCCCCCACAGUGGCCCUCCAGUCAGCUGCAGCGUGACAUUAUCAACGCGCUUGUCGAUGGCGGGGCGGACAUCGAGGCGGGCAGGUUUUGGCAUGACAAAAUGCCGACCCCAAUUAUGGUGGCCGUUGCGGCGGGCAAUCUGACGGCCGUCGAGACCCUCCUGGCCCUGAAGCCCGUCAUGGCACGUUGGAAACAAAAUUCGUACGUCCUGAUGCAGCUUCCAACACAUCUGAAUCUGCAACACAUCCGUGAGGCUGCCCGCCCCGUCACUCGCGAGUACGAGGCGGCCCUCACGUCCAUCUACCACAGGCUCAUCCAACAUGACAGCAGACUCUCAUUGUGGUGGGACGAGCGAGAGAACAAUCUGGUGCAUUGGGCAGCCAAGUUCCCUCCAGUCUUCUCCCAGUCCUUCAUCAACGCGUACCUCAGCCUCAUCACCAGCCACGGAGCCAAUAUCAGAGUCAACCUCAUCACGGGAAGAGACGGCUACGGCAGGCAGCUGCCGGGCAGCACACCACUGUACAUGGCGGCAGAGCACGGCUCCCCCUGUGUGGCCCACUGGCUGUGCCGCCAGCUCACAGCCGAGGACAUCAACAGAGGGAAGCCCAACCAGGCCAACAAGACACCGCUGGCAGAGGCUGCCGCAGGGCUCGAUCGCUUAAUCCAACACCAGCAGCAGCUGCAGCAAUAUGGAGAGGGCCAAGUGGAGCGGUGGUCGAGACGAUUCCGCCACCACAAGACCAUCACCCGGACGCUGCUGCGGGCCGGGGCGGCUCCAUCCAUCAGCCGCAUGCCCAACGACACCGAGGAGGACCGCCGUCAGCGUCAGGUGGUGCUCACCGAGUAUGCCACAGUACUGAGCGAGCUGUCUGAGGUCGUCAUGUCGGCCAUCAACGCCGCCCUGGCCCCCCAGCGCGACCACUCGAUGCUUCUCGCCCGUCUGUUGCCCCUCGCCCGUCACCAUGACGGCGCCCACCCCCACCCCUCCCCAUCCAACAUGGCAUUCGGACCACACGAGGCAGAGGCCAUCGGAUGGAAGAUCGGCGCAUUCCUGCACGAGCCCUCCGCUACUGUGGCGGCUAUCGACGAGUACCUCAUCGACGACUCCCAGCUGAGGCGCCGCGUCCGUGCGGCCAUCGGCCACUUCGUCAAGUCGGCGGCCACACAGACGAGCAGCAACAGGGAGGUGAUGGGCGGCAUGGCCAGUGUGGGCGGCGUGAUGGUGCGUGUGCCGCUGCACUGCUUCGCCGUCCGGGGCAGUGGCGGCCGUGUGGUGCUGACGGGUGUCCGUGAGGUUAUUCAUCGGGCCCGGCUGGACGAGGCGGCCCAGCACGGUGUGGAGGGGGUUGUCAAGGGCUUCAACGAGCAUCUGGGCGACCAGGACUGCCAAUUCGCGUGCCGGCAGCUGGGGCGCAUCGACAGGAAGACCGGCCUGUUUGUGUCGCUGGGCAUCGACUGACUGAAAGGGGGAGGAGAGGGCCGUUGAGUGGGGGUGAAGUGGCUGCAUGUUUGGGUGCUUUGUGUUGCAGUUCAAGGGCGGUGGGUGUCGCCGGGCUUCGCAUGUGCAUUCGGACAACCGUGACUUGAUUCAUUCAAAAACCUGUCUGUCG